UUAAACGUCGGCCUAUUGUGCUGCGCGUCAAAACUUUAGCGUGUGCGCGCGCUUGGCUUGUGGUGGGCGUUCCCAUGACGCUUCGAGCGGGGAUAAAUAGCGCGCGCUGAACGCUGCUCAGGCAGAAACUCGUCAUAGCUAGAAAAGAAAAGAGAGCUCUCUGGCAAAGAAUCAAGAAUGACUCCGGCUGUGUCUUUCCCGCCUCCCGGUGUCAGCACGGUGCACGUGAGAAAAGAGAUCUCGGAGCUGCGAAGAACUUUAAAACCGCUGAUGGAGAAGCGCAGACGCGCGCGCAUCAACGACUGCCUCAACCAGCUGAAAAGCCUCAUCCUUCCUCUGAUGGGAAAAGAUAAGUGUCGCUACUCGAAGCUUGAGAAAGCAGGCAUCCUGGAAAUGACGGUCGAAUUCCUCACCGAUGUCCCUAAAACUCCGAUAAAUGAUGCUACAGUGAGUUACAGAGAGGGCUAUGAAGCGUGCCUGCAGCAGGUCUCCGCGCUCCUCCCGCGCACGAGCCUCGACGGCGAAACCUGCGCGCGCGUGCACGACUUCAUAAAGCAGUCUCUGCGCUCGAGCUCUCCGGCCUGCCGCACGUGCCGCGCGCGCACCUCCAGCACGCUCUCACCGAUCCAGCACGAGCGGCUUCUGAGCCAGAACUGGAUCGACAUCACUCGGAAAGAAAGGCGCGCGAGCGACUCGGAGCGACUCGACAACACUCGGAAAGAAAGGCGCGCGAGCCCGGAGAGAGCUCAGGAUGCGCCACAGGCCGCCGCGCAGCCCAUGUGGAGACCGUGGUAGCACGCGGGAAAGCGGCACACAAUUCAUGCUGCUUGUUAGAUAAUGUACAUAAACAGCCUAGAGAUGAGUAGUAAACAUUUGCAGCUAUGUACGGCGUGCUGAUUUGAGGUACUAAGUCAAGUCGAUUUUUUUUCCCACUCAAGUAUUAUAUACUUCUCGUUCGCUUUGUCAAAAUUCGCUCGUUUGUAUCUAUCGGUUCGUUUUCUUAGAGAUCCUGCGCGUGACCUGUAAAUAACGCGGUUAUUCGGUUUGGGGUUAACGGGGUGAGGGCUUGUAGAAAACGCCUAUGUAAAACCCUAAGGGUUGUCCAGUGUAAGAAAUGUGCUCUUCCACUUCAGUAUUCUGAUUCUGUGCACAUUAUUUUACUCGUAUGCACACUCUAUUGUGUUUUAAAGUCUCAUGUUUUGAGAGACGUGCUGUUUAUUUCUUUAUUUGUUUACUUGUAAACACGUUUGUGUGUUAUACUGUCUCAUUUUUGAGGGACGUGUUAUUUAUUUAUUUGUUUGUUUACUUGUAAACACGUUGUGAUGUGUUAUACAGUCUCCUUUUUAGAGACGUGUUAUUUGUUUAUUUGUUUGUUUACUUGUAAGCACGUUGUGAUGUGUUAUACAGUCUCAUUUUUGAGAGACGUGAUAUUUAUCUGUUUGUUUACUUGUAAACACGUUGUGAUGUGUUAUACAGUCUCAUUUUUGAGAGACGUGAUAUUUAUUUUUUGUUUACUUGUAAACACGUUGUGAUGUGUUAUACAGUCUCAUUUUUUGAGAGACGUGAUAUUUAUUUAUUUUUUGUUUACUUGUAAACACGUUGUGAUGUGUUAUACAGUCUCAUUUUUGAGAGACGUGUUAUUUAUCUGUUUGUUUACUUGUAAACACGUUGUGAUGUGUUAUACAGUCUCAUUUUAGAGAGACGUGUUAUUUAUUUAUUUCACGUAGUAUUGUUUUUCAAAGUCUCUUUUUUGACGGGAUGGAGUAUUUCUUUUGUUUGUUUAUGUAAUUAUUCUGUACUUUUAAAUAAAAGAAAUGGGCUAACCAAAUGUUUUUACCUCUUUUUUUAUUUGAUUUAAGCCCACUGAGGUGUCUUUAAG